AUGAACAUUCAGGUCAUUGGCCUAUAUUCCUUCUGCUUCUUGGAGGGAUGUUAUGGCGUGGAUGGUGAGAGCGACUCCAUCAUGAGCUCCGCCUCAGAGAAUUCGACAGAGCCUUGGUUCUGUGACGCCUGUAAGAAUGGAGUGACUCCCAGCUGUGAGCUGUGCCCAAACCAGGAUGGCAUCUUCAAAGAGACGGACGCCGGGAGAUGGGUGCAUGUGGUUUGUGCACUUUAUGUUCCCGGAGUUGCAUUCGGAGACAUCGAUAAACUACGACCAGUAACACUCACAGAGAUGAAUUAUUCCAAAUAUGGAGCCAAGGAGUGCAGUUUCUGUGAGGAUGCCCGCUUUGCCAGGACUGGUGUGUGCAUCAGCUGUGACGCAGGAAUGUGUCGCUCCUAUUUCCAUGUUACCUGUGCACAGAGGGAGGGACUGUUGUCUGAGGCUGCAGCAGAGGAGGAUAUUGCAGAUCCAUUUUUUGCGUACUGCAAACAGCACGCAGACCGCUUUGACAGGAAGUGGAAAAGGAAGAAUUACCUGGCCUUACAGUCUUACUGUAAGGUCUCUUUGCAGGAGAGAGAGAAACAGCUCACCCCUGAAGCCCAGGCCCGAAUCACCACCCGCCUGCAGCAGUACAGGGCGAAAGCAGAGCUGUCCAGGAACACUCGGCCUCAGGCGUGGGUGCCCCGGGAGAAGCUGCCGCGACCUCUGACCUCUAGUGCCUCAGCCAUCAGGAAGCUGAUGAGGAAGGCGGAGCUGAUGGGCAUAAGCACUGACAUUUUCCCUGUGGACACGUCCGAUGCCAAUGCCAGCAUGGAUGGACGCAGGAAACACAAGCAGCCCGCCCUCACAGCAGACUUUGUCAACUACUACCUGGAGCGGAACAUGCGAAUGAUCCAGAUCCAGGACAACAUCUCCGAACAGAAGCACUUAUUCGCCCACCUUAGAACAGCCUUUCUCCAUAUAGCGAUGAAACCUGACAACAGCAGGGCGUGGAGGUUCAUCCGGGCGAGGUUUCGCCUGCAGGCUGAGGUGAGCGCGGUCCAACUCAGGCAGCCCAGAGAGCAGGUCCCCCAGCAGCAAUACAGUUCAUUGAGAGGAGCUCUCUUCCUCCUCCUCAGGCAAUGCUCCGAGUGCGACCAGGCCAGCAGCGAUGAGGCAGAUAUCGCCAUGGAGACGCUACCAGACGGCACCAAGAGGUCCAGGAGGCAGAUCAAAGGACCAAUCAAAUUCAUCCCACAGGAGAUGUCGCCAGAGCCCAAGAAACAUCAAGUGAGAGGCACGAGAACCAGAGGGCAGAAGAGGAAGAGAGUUCCUAUCUGUGAAGACAGAGAAGAUAAAAUUGAGGAACCACUGCCACGGGAACGCCGACAACGCCAGUCUGCAAUGCAGAAAAAACCCAAAGCUGACGACACAAGGACUGAGUGUACAACCUGCAAAGGACCAGGCGACAACGAAAACCUAGUGAGGUUGUGAGAGCCGGGGCAGCCACCUCACCUCCCAUAAAAACUCGGGGACAGAUGACCAGUUGGCUUAGAGACAGAGAGAGGCAAAUUGAGGCGUUUGAAGAAUGGCGCUCGAGUCAGACUGAAGAACGUGACCGCCACGCUGCCCCGCAACCUCCUCUGAUCCGAACUGGACCAACAACUGUCCAACGAAAAAUUGAGCGGAACUGUCAAACAUUUUUGGUUAAUGUUGGACUGCUUUUACACACUAUGACUAACUGGCCAAUUGUAGCUUCAGUUGCAUCAGUGCAGUUGUCUGCAUCUACAAAGUUUUGACCAAGUAAGAAAAAGUUAUGUAUUGAUACAUUUCAUGUAUUUAACCAUUUUGGCAAAUAACCACAACACUUUUCUUGUGCUACUUAGGUAGCAUUAAACACAAAUAAGUAGAGAAUAACCAGAGAGCUUACUAUGGAGCCAGUUGAUGGAUACAAGUGUUCCAGAUUUCAUUUGUAAGACUCCUAGUCUGUGUCAUUACUUAUUUAAAGCUGCAGUAGGUAACUUACUACUAAUUUGUGUCAUAUUUACUGAAACCUUAACUAUAUCCUGACAGUAGGUACAUUAGACAGAUAAUCUGUGCAAAAAUCAGGUUCCUCUGCCUUCUCCUAGUGCUCCUAAUGGUAUUUGCAAGAAUCCACCAGGCUCAAAGAAGAACAACCAAUCAGAGCCAAGAAAGACAGUUUUGGUUUGAAGCUUGAGGAUAGUUGAUUGUUCAGUCUAAUUCCCAGGGUUCCAAAGCCCUGGGGGACAGACUCAACAAUCAACUAUCUUUCUCAACUAAUCGUUCUAUCACUAGGUGCCACCAUGUGUGUUGUCAGAAAGUUAAUUUUUAAUUGUAUUUCCUUUAGAAACAGAGGUUAGACAGUGACGAUCUAUCAGCUAUGAAUCGGAAAGCAGUUUGAUUCGAUAGGACAGUCAGUUUUUUGAUGAUUACAGUUUAUCCACUAUUGAAGACCACUGAAAAUGCCCGGUUUUCCAUGAAGAAGCACCGUUUUCUAGAUAGUUCAAGUGCCCAUGGAAUCUUUCAGAUUUUCAAAUUUGGCUGUGUCCAAAGCCUCUGCAGGAAAUUAGUGUAAGAUUCCAGGCUUGUUGAUGGUAUUGCUCGCAGUGUGGAUAGCAAAAAGUGCUAAUAAACUGCUGCACUCAGCUGAUUUUUGCAUCUUCUGACUUAUCCCUAAUAACUUCUCUCUUUGUCUCUUGGUGCUCACCUGCAUCCAACAUGUAUGCGAAUUCUUUUAGAUCAGCUCUUUUUUUCCCCCAUUGGUAUGAGGCUUUUGCCCUCCCCUACGACUGCUUAUCAGUACCAAUCACUAUUUGAUUGAAGUCAUCUGACACCCAAUCACCCUGAGCAUUUCAGUGUGAAUUUGCUUCAUUGCAGACGCACUUGAACUUAGGCUUUCCCAGAUUUUAGUGUUGUCUUGUGUUUUCUUAGUAAAUGGAGGACCAGAAUUAAGAAAAAGUCAGUGUCGUGUAUAGAAAAGCCAACUUGUUUCUUGUGUUUCAAGUGUAGCAGCUACCAUAAUGCUACUGUAAAGCAUCUGUAGUAGAAACAAACUAGUGUAGUUAGCUGUAAUAGCACAUUAGUCCAAAUGUCUCUAGUGUCUUAAGGCAUUUAGAAGUCUUCCUCUGUCUCCACAUCUUGAAGUGACAGUUAAACUGACACGUCCUCAGAAAGAAGCCCAGCUUUGUCUCCACGUCCCUGGUGGCCCAUAGUCAGUGCUGUCAAAACAACAGCUGCUUGCUGCUGUGUCAGGGCUCAUGACAAGUGUCACAUUCUGCCCUCAUAUGUCACUCUGUUGCCUAUCCAGGGCCUUAUAUGCAUGCUUUCGGGAGCAGUCUAAUCCAUGCAGUUUACUGCUUUUUGUCUCUCUGGAGUGUGUCCACAAACGCCACACUGGGUUUGUCUUUGGGGUUGAGAUCCUUCCUGACCGGUCCUUUCCCAUCUCAUACUCAACCAGUCUCAAAGACUCAAUGCAUGGCUAUAUCUAUUUACUCAGAUCUGUACAUUAAAUUAAACCUGAAAACAAGUGAUGUGGUCUUGUAGAAUUUGAAUGCCAGGUAGCUGUGUAGUGUGACAAUGUGUACAGUAUUUAUUGAAGAGGCCAAACAUACAUGUCUUUCUUUUUUAUGCCUACAUACUUGAUUAUAUAUCAUAAGCUUGUGUUGUAAACAGAGUUCAACUCUACUUUGUGAUGUAGUCCUAAAGCGACUAACAUAUUUUCUUUUAAUUGCCAAACAUUUGUUUACAUGCUUUAAGGGAAUAUUUCUGAUUAACUGUGUACUGUAUACUGUAUUAUUGUGAUACUGUAUAAGGUAAGAAUGUGAAUGUUGCUGCUGUUGUGUAUGUGAAGUGUCUCAGCCUCUGGCCUAUAGCUCUUGAAAAUUAAGCAGAGCUUUAAUAAACUCUUGACUUUUUC